AUGGCCUCCUCAAAUUAUAAGAAUUUCAUUAGAAUUCCUAAGAGAAAAAAAGGUCUGCAUACUUCAUCAGAAACCGAUUUAUCUAAAUCAAAACUCUCUACUUUAGAAAGGAUAGUUUUGUCUAAAACCAAAGUAUAUACACACCAAUCUAGCAAUUCUUCAUAUAUACAAAAUACCACUUUUAGAUCACCUCAAAAUUACCAUAGUGCCUCCUCGAAUAAUUUAGACAAUUUAUCCACUAUAAAACUUUCAAACCUAUUACCUACCCUAGAUGAUACUCUUAGGUAUCCAAGCAAUUUAAAAAAGAUUCCACCAGUAAUACCUAAUGAAGAGGUAUCUGAUAUUAGCAGCGAUAAUUAUAUCCAUUUAAAUGAGUUCGACCAUAGAAGAGCCAAAACAUUGAUGGAUAACAGAAGAAUUGGCUAUCAAAACCCGUCAUUUUAUUGUGAAUUUUCAAUAAACAGAGAUCCACUUUCUUCAAUUGAACUAAAUCAAUUUGCAAGCCAUGAUUCUAGCAACUUGGUACAAAAAAAUUAUUCAAAAAGUUAG